AUUUAGAACAGAUUGAAAAAGAAUUUUCCGACCUAAAAAUUAGUCGUUAUGAUUAUGAUGAAUUUUCUGACUUUAGGAAAAUUAGAGAAAGUAGAUUUGGGAUGACAGUGUAUAAAUCCAAAUGGAAAAAAAGAAAUUUUGUAGUUGUUCAUAAAAGCGUUUGCCAAAAAUUGUUUAGGUGGUAUCAUAUUUUCGAUUUAUCCGAUUUCGAUCCUAAAUGUUUAAACGAAGAAGAACAAAAAAUUAUGAAAGCAUUUAUGAAUGAUAAUAAGACGGAAAUAUUAGAUUCAAUAAAUCGUGAACACAAAAUAUAUACGUCUAAAGUCAUUGAAACUCAGAUGAUUUCAAAUGCUUUAAGCAUGCAGUCUGGUGGAUU